AUGUGGUACGCGGAGGGGAAAUGGCUGCCGAAAACAAUCCGGAAGAGCGUUUCCCAAAAUGUAUUCGGUAGCACUAGCGUCUACUGUGUUCUCAGCACCGUGCCACCUCUAGGAGAGGAUCAUGGGAGCAGCAGUAGUGGUCAUGUAAAAAUCUUUUUACCGAAAAAGGUGGUUGAGUGUCUGCUGAAACGUUCAAGUUUGCACAGAGAGAGGCACCGCUGGAACACUAAUGAGCGAUCAUGA